GCGGUGGUGCGCCCUCCCCCUUUGUUGUCAAGAUGGCGGAGGAGCGGUCGGUCUGCACUUUCCUGUUCAAAAAAUCCUCCCGAAAGUUCAAGGGACGGAAACGGCGAACGAGCGACAGCGACGGAGAGAGUGGGGAGGAAAAUGAGAGCACAGUGGUACGCAGAGAGAAGAAACACAAGGCAACCAACCCCAUGAUUCAGCAGACCGCGAAACCUGGAGGGCACAAGGAACAUUAUAGUGACAGCAACAGUGACAAGGAUGAAGGCGAAGGACUUACAGUGACCUACAAGUCAACUCGGUCGGCAAAACCUGUUGGUCCAGAGGAUAUGGGGGCAACUGCGGUGUACCAAAUGGACACGGAAAAAGACAAAGACAUGCAGGCCAUCUUUGAACGUAGCCAGAAAAUCCAGGAGGAGCUGAAAGGGAAGGAAGACGAUAAGAUCUAUCGUGGCAUCAACAACUACGUCAAGUACGUGAAACCCAAGGACACGUCGAUGGGAAAUGCAGCGUCUGGGAUGGUCAGGAAGGGGCCGAUCCGAGCUCCCGAGCACCUGCGAGCCACAGUGAGAUGGGAUUACCAGCCGGACAUCUGCAAAGAUUACAAAGAAACCGGCUUUUGCGGUUUCGGAGACAGCUGUAAGUUCCUGCACGACCGUUCAGACUACAAGCACGGCUGGCAGAUCGAGCGGGAGCUGGAUGAAGGGCGAUACGGACUCAACGAUGAUGAAAACUACGAAGUGAGCAGUGACGAGGAAGACAUUCCCUUUAAGUGUUUCAUCUGUAAGAGCAGCUUUAAGAACCCAGUGAUCACAAAGUGUAAGCACUACUUCUGUGAGAGCUGUGCUUUGCAGCAGUACCGCAAAACCCAGCGGUGCUACGUGUGCAACCAGCAGACCAAUGGGGUCUUCAAUCCAGCCAAAGAAUUGAUAACCAAAAUGGAAAAGCACAAGGCCCAACAAUGCUCGGAGCACUCACAUCCAGAGGGUGGCGAGGAGCAUCCUGAAUAACACAUUCCGUCUCUCUCUUCCCCCCUCCCGCCCACCCGCCCACAAAAACUCCUGCUUAUCAUCUGAUGUAAUUUGUAUCUUAUGUAGACCAGCAAAAUAAAGAGAUUGGUUUAGAAA